CAUCAAAACUGCGCUUACGACAAUCUUUUACCCAGGCGACGAUAUGUACAUAAGUCGACAUUCGGAAGAAGGGAAACACCUUCAAUUUGAACUCUUAAGUCUGUUAGGUAUACAGUUCAAUGCGAGCGUGAGCUUUUUAUUUUGACCAAUGUCUUCGUUAUUACUUAACAUUUUGCAGAAUUAUAGAAUUAAAACUAAUUUAAAAUGCAUAAUAUGCCUAUUUUUCAAGCUCACACUCAACUGUGUGCGUAAGCAAAGCAUUCGCAUAUGCGCAUAUGUGAAUGACCAGUUUUGACGGAUGUGUGUGAGCGUUCAUAAGAAUACAAAUGGAAUCGGAGCAACAAGCCGUAUACUAGCAGGUGGUUGCGAUGGUAAACAAAAAAACGGUGCACCAUGGGAACGAGUUUUGUUAUGCGUUUUGGUCGUAAACGUAAUUUUCUACAUUUGUUUGUAUCCGCCAUGGUACCCGCAUAAGACAGAGAAAAAACAAGUAAUCUUGUGCAAAAUGUUCGUCUAUUUAAGUAAAAAGAUUGCAAUACCAAAUAAUGUAAAACUGAAUUGCAUUGCGUGGAACAAAGAUCAGGGCUACAUAGCCGUAGCCGGCUCCGAGGGAUUGCUGAAAGUGUUAAAAUUAGAGCAAGCAUCCAAUGGGCAAAAUAAAGGUAAUCUUGCUGCGGUAUCCAACUUGUCAAUGAAUCAAACAUUAGAUGGACACAAAGAGGCCGUCAAAGUUGUUACCUGGAAUGAGACACAACAGAAGUUGACAUCGUCCGAUCUGGAUGGUGUGAUUAUGGUUUGGAUGCUCUACAAAGGUUCCUGGUAUGAAGAGAUGACCAAUGAUCGUAAGAAGUCCACCGUAAAUAGCAUGAGUUGGACAUCGGAUGGUGCAAAGAUUUGUAUAGUUUACGAGGAUGGUGCUAUUAUUGUUGGCUCGGUUGAUGGAAAUCGCAUCUGGGGAAAGGAAUUGAAGAACACGCAUUUAACCAGUGUACAAUGGAGCCCCGAUAAUCGACUGAUAAUAUUUGGCUUAGCAACUGGCGAAUGUCAUUUGUACGAUAAUCAAGGGAAUUUCGCGAUGAAGCUGAAUAUACAGUGUGUUUCGCUGAGUCCGAAUCGAAACUUUAGGAUCUCGGCACUGUGCUGGUUUAGCGGACGCACAUCUUCUAAUCGCCCAGUAUUAGCCAUUUGCUAUGAGACUUGCAAAUUACAGAUUAUGCGCAAUGAAAGCGAUGACACGCCCGUACUUAUCGACACUGGCAUGCGUAAUAUAGACGCUGAGUGGAAUCAUGAUGGUUCCGUGUUAGCCAUCUGCGGUACUCUUAUAGACUAUCCCAGCUCAAAGGAAUUGAAUCAAGUAAGCUUUUAUUCACCUUUCGGUCAGCUGUUGCGAACUUUAAAGGUACCAGGCUAUGAUAUCGCAUCGCUUUCUUGGGAAGGGAAGUCGCUACGCAUAGCAAUGGCUGUUGAUUCAUUCAUCUAUUUCGCCAACAUACGUCCGGAUUAUAUGUGGUGUUACUUUGAGAAAACUGUCGUAUUUUUAAACAGGAACAGCAGUAAUUUUACACGCAACGCAACGACCAAUGUAAUCACUUUCUGGAAUACCAUUUCGAAUCAGAGUUUCUUAAAGGAAGUGGAGCCAGCAUUAGGAAUGGCAGCUUGCAAUGAGCAUUGCGUUAUUGUUGUGGAAUGCUUAAAUACUAAUAUGAAGGAUAUUCAUGUCAGCGAUACUAAAGAAAAUAACAAUCAGACCGAAAGUAUAGAUAAAUGCUAUCAGCUUUUGCUGUGCAACUCUAUCGGAACUACAGUGGAUUGUAAGUCAAGAAUGGAAUUUAAAGUACUUUAUUACCAGCGUUGCCAUUUUAGUCGUUUUCCGGCUAGAUUUAGCCGGAUAUCCACUUCUUAUAGGGAAAGCGCAAAGGAAUACUAUGAAAAAUCGCAUCACAUUGAAGGUCUAAUGGACGCUCUAUAUCAUCUGGAGAGAUUCGACGAGCUGGAGCAGUGCAUUGACAAGUUGCCCGAGAAAAGUCCUUUACUUGCUAAGAUUGCUGAAAUGUUGGCUUCUGUUGGAAUGUGCUCAGAAGCGGUAAAAGCCUACUUAAAAAUGGGCGAUCCAAAAGCGGCAGUAAAUGCAUGCGUCAACUUGCGACAAUGGGGUGAGGCGCUACAGCUCGCGCGUAAAUUCGAUAUGCCACAAAUUGGUAAUUUAUUGAGCAAGCAUGCAGCUCAACUGAUUAAGGAGGAUCGCCUGCCGGAAGCAAUAGAGUUGCAAAAGAAAGCCGGCCGUUAUUUGGAUGCAGCACGCCUGUUGGGUAAAUUGGCGCAACGCGAAGCGGAGAAGGACGCCAGCAUGUUGCGCAUUAAAAAACUGUACAUACUGGCUGCCUUGCUUGCCGAGGAACAUUUAAAGACGUUGAGCACAGCCGAGUUGAGUUACAAAGUGGAUCGGAACUCUUUGUUGGACACAAUGACUCCCGAGGAUGCACACGUGGUUGAGCAUAUGUGGCACGCUGCCGAAGCCUAUCAUUUUAUGAUGUUGGCACAACGACAACUGCGUUUCGGAAUUGUGCACAGUGCUGUGGUAACUGCACUACGCUUGCGUGAUUAUGAUGAUAUCCUGCCCGUAGAAGACGUCUAUAAUACGCUAGCGUUGGCCAGUUGCGCCGAUCGCUCUUUCGGCACUUGCGCCAAGGCUUUCACAAAACUUGAAUCCUUGGAAGGCAUAACGGAACGUAGAAUUCAGGAAUACAAAGAGCUUGGCGCAAGCAUUUUUGCAAAAUAUGCCUCUGAGGAUGCCAAAGUUGAAAUGGUUAAGUGUUAUGCUUGUAAUGCGCCUGUGCCUGACAGUUUGCCUGCGUGUACAAUUUGUGGCGCUCGCUUUCCGGCUUGCGUUUCUUCAGGGAAGCCUAUUACACAGCCGACCAGUAAUAUUUGGAUUUGUGGCAUAUGCCAUCAUUGCGCUACACCUGUCGAGAUAACACGACACCACACAUGCCCACUUUGCCACAGCUUGAUAAUAUCAAUGACGUUGGAGAUUUAAAUGAAUUAAUAGAUACGUCUGAACUAAAGUUGAAGUUUAUCAACCAAUGGGAAAAUAAGGAAUUCAUUACAAUUUUCUACCACGAAAAAAUUAACGACGACGAUUGAACGAAAACAUGCAUCACAAUAUAAGCGAGCUGGUAAUAUGUAGUUUUGAAGACACAAACAAAACAGAAAAGGAUCAGUCCAGCACCUUCGUCUUAACCGGCAGGCUGUUUCGGAGCCGUAAACUUAAACGUGAUAUUAUUAAGAUCACAUUCAAGUUAAAAGCGGUGCAUGAAAUAUUCGUUUUGAUUGUGUUGAAUUGAAUUUAACAAAUCAAUAUGAAUUGCAAAAUAUUAAUACUUAGCAAUAGAGAAGCAGAUCCAGAUUAACUUCAUCAUAUGUACCAUCAGCUUAUAAAUAGACAUAUGCCAUGACGUGUAUCACCACUA